CAGAUUCAUGCAAGACGCCUAUCUUCUGUGGGUCUGUUACGUCGUCCUAUUUUUUCUGGCCACCUUCUGCGCCUUAUCACUACCACUGUACCCAACCUCUGCAACCGCUAAAGUCGCCGCUGAGGGAACGUGGCAGGUCGUUUUCGUUGUUUUCCUCGCGUACGCCAUGAUGCCGUUGAAAUCCUACGUGGCCGCGAUAUUUGGUUUUCUUUUGUGUGGCGCUCAUCUGGCUAUGUCUUCUGUUUCUGCGACUGAAUUCCAGGAUCUGAAAUGGCAGCAGAUCUCUCAUGUCGGACUUCGAUGCGGUUGUUAUCUUAAUAUUAGUCGAAAAAUUCCACAUUUUUGCUGUCUCAGAGACGUGGUUGAACCAAAACAUUCCUAGCAGUUCG